AUGUUCGCCGCUUCUGCUGAAGCAGCGCUGAGCUUCACGUCCGAGGCGCAGGCCGGGACGGCACUACCGACGGCCAGCGACUCGUUCGUGUUCGACGGCUCCACGUCCGACAUCGCGCGCCAACUGUACCUGCGGCACGCUGCAGGUGAGACCGUGGACCCCGUGCGCCCCAACACGGUGCCGGCGGCCGUCACGGCCAGACUGGCGCCGCUCAACGUGUCGUACGAGGACCUGCCGGGCAUGCUGCAGCGCGCGCUGCUCUGGGACUCGGGCUACGUCAUCUCGCCCGACAACGACGCGGUGCAGAUCUGGACGCUCGGAGGCCGGUCGAUGGCCAACUUGGCCGUGUCCAAGGUCGAGUACUUCACGACGGGCUGCACGGCGCUCUGGUGCGGCCAGCCGGACAACACGACGUACAACGCCAACGAAUUCUGCUCGGGAACGCAGAUGCUCACGGCCGCCAAG